AUGAGCUGGGCUCUGGAGGAGUGGAAGGAAGGCCUGCCAUGGCGGGCGCUCCAGAAGGUCCAGGAGCUGGAAGGGCAGCUGGACAAGCUGAAGAAAGAGAGACAGCAGAGGCAGUUCCAGCUGGAGAGCCUGGAGGCGGCCCUGCAGAAACAGAAGCAGAAGGUGGAGAGUGAGAAGAGUGAGGGUGCCAGCCUGAAACGGGAGAACCAGAGUCUGGUGGAGGCGUGUGAGGGCCUGGAGCGGGCCAAGCAGAAGGUGGCACACGAGCUGCAGCUCAAGGAGGCGCAGCUGAGCUUCCAGGAGGGGCAGCUGAGCACCAGCAAGAAGCAGAUCGAGAGGCUGGAGCAGGAGCUGAAGAGGUGUAGAGCAGAGCUGGAGAAGAAGCAGGCGACCACCCCUUCGGCAGACCUCGCCCCCUCAAACCAGGCGGCCACCCCGCAGAAGGGCUGCCCUGCCCCGGUGACGCCCAGUCAUUGCAGUGGCGGUUCCAAGUAUGAAGAGCUGAAGGAGAAAUACAACAAGGAAGUGGAGGAGCGGAGACGCCUGGAGGCCGAGGUCAAGGCCUGGCAGGCCAAGAGAGCCAGCCCGCCCGCGCCGCAGAACACCAGGACCCUGCGGGACAUCGCCCGGCACCAGGCCUCCUCGUCCGUCUUCUGGCAGCAGGACUGGACUCCCAGCCGCCUCUGCUCGGGCGCCCAGCGGACCCCCAGGAGGAGAGAGGUCUCGGCCGGGGAGCAGGAGGGGACCCCCAGCAGGCUGCAGUCUGGCCAGAGAGACCCCGGCAGCAGCUGUGGGGAGCGCUCCAGUGGGUCUCACCUCCUGGACCAGCUCAGAGCCCAGAACCAAGAGCUCCGGAGCCAGGCCGGCGAGCUGCAGCUCCGCCUGCAGGUGCAGGAGAAGGAGGGGAAGAGCCAAGGCAGCAGGAUCCAGGAGCUCCAGCUGCAGCGGGACCGGGCGCGCGCCGAGCUGGCGGAGCGUGAGAAGGCCUUGGGCAAGAGCCAGGACGAGCUGGCGCGGGCCAACGCCCAGCACGAGCAGGUGGCGGCUAAGUGCUCUGAGCUGGAGCAGAAGCUGAAGAAGCUGGCGGAGGACCUGAGCUGCCAGCGGCAGAACGCUGAAAGCGCCCGGUGCUCCUGGGAGCAGAGGAGCAAGGAGAGAGAGAAGGAGCUUCAGGAGGAGCUGUGCCGGCAGCAGCGGGCCCUGCAGGGCCUGGAGCAGGAGUGCGCGAAGACCCAGGGCCGACUCUCGCAGGAGCUGCAGCAGGCCAAGCACGCUCACAACGCACUGCAGGCUGAGCUGGACCAGGUCACCUCCGUGAAACUGCAACUGGAGAAGAAUCUGGAAGAGUCUAAGCGUAAGCUCUGCAGGGCCGAGCAGGCUGCACAGGCGAGUGAGCUGAAGGAGAGCGAGCUUCGGAGCCAGAGCGAGGAGCUGCGCAAGGAGGUGGGGGCGCUCCGUGCCCAGAGCCAGCAGAGCGCGGCGAGGGUGCGCCACCUGGAGGAGGAGCUGGGCAAGGCCACGCAGAGCUGCAGCCAGAGACAGAGCCUGGUGGAGGAGCUGAGGGCUAAGGUUGAGACUCAGGAGCCCCUGCUCCGGGAGCUCCGAGAGCAGCUGCGCCAGCGGGAGGACGCCACGGCCGGCCUGGAGCAGCAGCGCGAAGGUGCCCAGGGUCUGCUGAGGGAGAGGGAGCAGCACAUCGAGCGGCUGAGCGAGCAGCUGGGCAGAGUGCAGCAGGAGUCGGAGGGGCGGCUGCGGGCGCUGGAGGCCCAGGAGAGGGAGCGGGAGCAGGUGGCCGCUGAGCGGGCGGCGCUGGCCGCCUGGAAGAGCGAGAAGGAGCCAGAGCUGCAGCAGCUGGACGCAGAGCGCGCGGCCCUGCAGGACCAGGUGAGCCGCCUGGAGGCGAGUCUCCGGGCCCAGGAGCUGGAGAGCCGCGAGUCCGGUGAGCGCAUGCGCGCCCUGGAGCUGGACCGGGAGAACCUGCAGGCCGAGGUCCGGGGCCUGCGCGGCGCACUGGACAGCCGCAGCGCCGAGGCUGAGGCCCAGCAGCAGGCCAGCGAGGAGGCGCGCCAGGAGGCUGAGGCCGUGGUGCGGAAGCUCCGUGAGGAGGCAGAAAACCAGCGCUCCGAGGCGGCCCGGCUCUGCGGGCAGGUGGCAGAUCUGGAGCGACAGCUUGGCGCACUGGCCAGCGAGGUCAGGGCCAAAGACCAGGGCUACCAGGACCUGCUGGCUGACCACGAGAGCCUCCAGGCGCAACUGCGGGCCAAGGAUGCCGCCGGUGUUCCUGACAGAAGCCUGCCGGCCUCCGCGCAGCCGGCUGUGCCGUGCUCGUCCUUCGCUGACAGCAGCGGAGGAGGGAGCCCUCCACCCUCGGACACUGGCCACUGCCCUGCCCCAGCUGCCCUGAGUCACCCUGACUUUGCCAGCUUGCAGAACAGGGUUACCUGGCUGGAGUCUGCCCUCGAGUGCCAGAAGCAGGAGAGCUCGGGCCUGCAGAGGCGCUGUGAGGAGCUGGUGCAGGCCAGAGGACGGGUGGAGGAGACGCUCGUCCAGGCCCAGCGGCAGCACCAGACUCUCAUGGCCGAGACCAGCCAGCGCCUCCGCGAGCUUCAGGAGGAUGCUCUGGCCCGCCAGGUCGCGGCGGCAGGCAUGGAGGCGGCCCUGGAGAGCAAGGAGAAGGAGCUGCAGCUUCUGGGCGAGGCCCUGAAGGUGGAGCGGGCUGAGACGCAGGAGCUGCGGGCGCUCAGUUGCUCCCUGGAGGACGCCCUCCGGGAGCAGCAGCAGGCGGCCGACAGGCUGAGCUCUGAGAAGGAGGAGAUCAGCUCCACCCUCGCCCGGAGCGAACAGGAAAUGGCAGCGCUGGCCCGGGAGAACGGCUCGCUCCGGGACGCGAACGCAGCCCUGACGCGCGAGAAGCUGAGCCUGCUCCUGGAGAGCCAGAGCUGCUCGCGCCGCGCCGAGGAGCAGGAGACGCGCCUGUCGGAGCUGGCCGGCCAGCACGCGCGGGAGAGGCUCGCCCUGCUGCAGCGCUGCGAGGAAGCCGGCCAGGCCCUGCGGGACCUCGGCGAGAAGUGCCGGGCGGCCGCCGAGGAGAAGGCGCACCUGGAGAGCGUGCUGAGCCAGAGCAGGAGCGCCUGCCGGUGCCGGCAGACAGAGCCGGAGCCGCUGGAGGGCGGGGCUGCGAGAGGGCGCCAAGCCGACGAUGCCGAGCUGGCCCGGGCCGAGGAGAGGAGUGAGCGUCUCCGGCUGGAGCUGGCGGCCCGCCUGGCAGAACUCCAGAGCCGCCCCGUGAGCGGGCCGGGCGGCUUCAAGCCAGAGGUGCUGGUCCUCGCAGGGGCCCAGCCGCUGCGGGCAGCCUGCGACGCAGACCCAGGGCACCCCAGCCUCGAGGGGAGCCCCGGCCGCGCCCUCGCAGGGGAGGCCCCCGUCCCGCCCCUGGACCUUGAGGAGGAAGACUCGUCUCUGGAGAGUGCUGAUGGGCAGAUGGAGCUGGAGCCCGGGGGCCCGCUGGAGAGAAAGGGGGAGCCCCGGCCCACACUCGUGCAGCCUGCCGCCGGCCCGGGCUCUGAGUCAGCCGCCGCCCAGGAGCCGGCGGCCAGCCCUGGCGGCGAGCGCGCGCUCCUGCAGCAGGCCCUGCGGGCCGCCCUGAACCAGCUGGCCGGGCUGGAGCAGGUGUGCCAGGGGCUGCGCCUGCAGAAGUGGCAGCUCCUCACAGAGCUGGGCGACGCGCGGGCCCAGUGCAUGGCGGCCACCAGCCAGCUGGCCGAGGAGGUCGAGGAGCUCGUCCUUGAGGCCCGAGGACUGAACCACAGCCCGGGUUUCCACCCCGCUGAGGAAGAGGGGCCCAGAGCUGAGCCGAAUGAGUGCCCCAUGGGGCCCCCCAGCCCCAAGGACGCCGGCGGUGCCUGUGACCAGGGCCUGGGCCACGACACAGAGGUCUGCAGGCACUUCUCCGAGCUGCAGGAGCACCUGCAUGGCCAGCGCUGCCAGGUGAGCGCCAGGAUGGCCGAGCUGCAGUGCUCCGAGGACACGCUGAAGGCGGACAGCCCCGUCCUGCGGGGCCACCUGGUGGAGGAGGCGGCCGUGGACCCUGGCGACGGGAGCUUUCUGUCCCUGUCUUCCUCCUGUGUCACAGACAGCCCCGGCCUGCCGCACGUCGGAGAGUCCUUUUACAGAGACCCUGAGCCCACCGGGGAGGAAGCCGCCUUCAGCUGCCCGGGUGGGAGCCUCUCGGCCCCCGGCCCCCGGGAGGACAGCCUGCCCCCGGCCGCGGGGCUGGAGGAGCUGGAGGCCCGCUGCCGGGAGCUGGAGGAGAGCCUGGAGAGCCAGGGCGCGGCCAAGGACAGGGCCAUCGAGGAGCUGGAGCAGCUGCUGGGCGCCGAGCGGCAGCGGCACCUGUCUGAGAGCGAGCUCUGGCGGCAGCGGCUGGCCAGCGUCACGGCCGACAUGGAGUCCCAGCUGGCGGAGGAGCGGAAGCACACGGAGCGCCUGGCGCUGGAGCUCGAGGCUGCGCGGCUGCAGAUGCAGAGCCUGGACCUGAGUUCCCGCUCGCUGCUGGCCCCGGAGCUGGAGGAGGCUCUUCGGGGCAGCAGCGAGGGCCAGCAGCCCAGAGAGCCGGAAGGUGCUUCCCAGGGAGCUGAGGAGAACGCUCGGCCACCUGGCUCUCCCGGGAUGGGCUGGGAGGAAGAGAGCCCACGCCCGCCUCCCGGGGGCCUGCAGCUGGGAGAAAGUUCUGGAGAGGCCCCUGGUGGAGGCAGAGCCCAGGGCCCAUCCCAGCCACCUGCUCCUGCUGGGCCUGCCUUGGAGUCUGCCGAGUUCCUGCGGCCGGAGGCCGCCCUCCAGCGCCUGCAGCUGCAGCUGAGCGAGAGCGCGCAGGAGAGGGCAGAGCUGGUGCGCGCCCUGGAGGAGCGGGACCGCACAGUGCAGGGCCUGCUCCGCCAAGUCCAGGCGCGAGACGACGCCCAGCUCGGCUGGCGGGAACUUGAGAAGGAGACCCCCUCCGGGCACUGGGCACCGGAAACCUCCCUGGGCCACGGGGCAGAAGGGGACAUUUCGGGCCCUGGUGACAGCUUGGACGUGGACACAGAUGGAUCAUGCGGCUGCAGUGAGCGGGUCCUGGGCCUGGAGAAGGAGCUGGAGGGUCUCCGUGGCCAGCGGGACCAGGCUGAGGGGCGCGUCUUAGCCAUGGAGGCGGACCUGGCCCACAUGCAGGCGGAGAAGCUGCAUUUGACCAAGGACAAUGAGGACAAACUGAGACUCAUAACCUGCCUGGAGGGACAACUCGCGGCCUUCAGGGCGGAGCGGAGCUGCCAGCUUGGGCAGGGCGAGGCCUGGUGCGAGGGGGAUGGAGAGCGGGACGAGAAGGAGCCGCCGGGGGCUCCCGAGGCCCCUGCAGGACCAGCUGACGCCGGCCAGUGCCCAAGCGCGCACUGCGCGGAGAUGCCCGAGGGCUCACCAGAGGACGGUGGGGUCCUGGCCGCAGGGCCGGGCGGGCCAGAGCGCCAAGUGACCAGGGCCCUGCAGGCAGCGCUGGCCGAGAAGACGGCGCGCCUGGACUGUGCGCAGGACGAGCUGCGGCAGCUGCGCCGGGGCAUGGAGCGCCUGCGGGAGCGCAUCGAGGCGGACGAGCAGCUGCGGCGCCGCACCCGCGAGCAGCUGCGCCAGAGCGAGCGCCGCGGGGACGCGCUGCAGGACCGCGUGGAGAGCCUGGAGCGGGAGCUGCAGCUGGCCGAGGAGGGCCAGGAGCUGGCCAUCCUGGACGCCGAGCAGGCCCGGGCCGAGGCCGAGGCUCUCGGCGUGCAGGUGGCCGAGCUGGCCGUGCUGACACAGCAGCUGCAGGAGGCCCGCGGCCGAGCGGCCGAGGCGGACGCACAGCGGUCCUCGCUGGAGAGCCUUCUGGAAGAAUCAGAGCGAGCCAAGGCGCAGCUGGAGGACGAGACCCGCGCCGCGGCAGAACGGGCGGCCUCGCUCCGAGUGGACCUGAAUGAGCUCGGGGAGGAGGUGGCAGCCCUGUGUGCAGGCCAGGACUCCUUGGGGGCAGCGGGAGGGCGCCUGGGGGAGCCGGAGCCGGAGCCUGGGCUGGGGCUGCUGCGGGAGAGCGUGGCCCGGCUGCGCGCCCGGCUGCAGGCCGACCAGCAGGAGCAGUGCCGGGUGUGGGCGCGGCUGCGGGAAGGCGAGCACCAGGUGAAUGAGCUGCAGGAGCGAGUGGCCAGCCUCGAGAGGGAGCUGGAGGUGGCCACCAGCCACCGGGAGCAGCUAGCCCACGAGGCCGAGCGUGUCCGGGAGGAUGCAGCCACAGCCGCCGCCAAGCUCGAGGACACGGAACAGUGCUUGGAGGCGCUGCGGGAGGAGCUGGCCGGCGCGAGGGCAGAGCAGGAGGCCCUGCGGGAGGAGCUGGCCGGCGCGAGGGCAGAGCAGGAGGCCCUGCGGGAGGAGCUGGCCGGCGCGAGGGCAGAGCAGGAGGCCCUGCGGGAGGAGCUGGCAGGCGCGAGGACAGAGCAGGAGGCCCUGCGGGAGGAGCUGGCCGGCGCGAGGACAGAGCAGGAGGCCCUGCGGGAGGAGCUGGCCGGCGCGAGGGCAGAGCAGGAGGCCCUGCGGGAGGAGCUGGCCGGCGCGAGGGCAGAGCAGGAGGCCCUGCGGGAGGAGCUGGCCGGCGCGAGGGCAGAGCAGGAGGCCCUGCGGGAGGAGCUGGCCGGCGCGAGGGCAGAGCAGGAGGCCCUGCGGGAGGAGCUGGCCGGCGCGAGGGCAGAGCAGGAGGCCCUGCGGGAGGAGCUGGCCGGCGCGAGGGCAGAGCAGGAGGCCCUGCGGGAGGAGCUGGCCGGCGCGAGGGCAGAGCAGGAGACCCUGCGGGAGGAGCUGGCCGGCGCGAGGGCAGAGCAGGAGGCCCUGCGGGAGGAGCUGGCCGGCGCGAGGGCAGAGCAGGAGGCCCUGCGGGAGGAGCUGGCCGGCGCGAGGGCAGAGCAGGAGGCCCUGCGGGAGGAGCUGGCCGGCGCGAGGGCAGAGCAGGAGGCCCUGCGGGAGGAGCUGGCCGGCGCGAGGGCAGAGCAGGAGGCCCUGCGGGAGGAGCUGGCCGGCGCGAGGGCAGAGCAGGAGGCCCUGCGGGAGGAGCUGGCCGGCGCGAGGACAGAGCAGGAGGCCCUGCGGGAGGAGCUGGCCGGCGCGAGGGCAGAGCAGGAGGCCCUGCGGGAGGAGCUGGCCGGCGCGAGGGCAGAGCAGGAGGCCCUGUCUGCGGCCCUGCGGGAGCAGCAGGAGCGCGCGUCCGGCCUGGAAAGCCAGCUGCGGGAGCAGGAGCGGGAGCAGGCUCGGUGCAGCAGUGCGGCCCGCGUGGCCGAGGAGGCCCUGCGUGCGCGCCUGGCGGAGCUGGACGCCGAGGUGUCGGGCCUGCGGCAGGCCCGGGAGGCCGGCGAGGCGCGCCUGGGCGCCCAGGUGGCCGCGCUGGAGGGCGAGAAGGCCGAGCUGCUCCGCCGGCUGGAGGACGGGGAGCGCAGGCUGGCAGAGCAGGAGGAGGCUGCCUGUGUGCUGCGGGAGCACGCCCAGGACCGCCAGCAGCUGGCUGCACAGCUGGCGCAGGCCGAGGCCCAGCAGCAGCGCUGGGCAGAGCAGGAGGCCGAGCAGGCAGGGCGGCUCCAGGCCCUGCAGGAUGCCGUGGAUGCCCGGCAGAAGGCGCUGGGGGACCUGCAGAAGGAGCUGGAGGCAGCCCGCGAGGACAACGUGGCCUUGGAGGAGCAGGUCAGCACCCUGGUGGCCAAGGACACAGAGCUGCAGAAGGAGCGGCAGGAGCGGGAGGAGAAGCUGCGCGGGGAGAAGGAGCAGCUGGCCCAGGAGCUCAGAGCCACGGCCCAGGAGGCCCGGAGCUGCCAAGGCCAGGUGGAGGCGCUGAGCCUUGAGAACCAGGAGCUGAGGGCGAGCCUGGACCAAGCCAUCGCGAAGCAGCUGGACGAAGCUGGCCAGGCUCGGGAGGAGAUGGCCCAGCACCAGCAGCGGCUGCUGGACGCCGAGCAGCAGCACGAGCUGGACAUGCAGACGUGUCUCGAGAAGUUGGCCUCGAGGGAAGAACAGCUCAGCGCACAGACAGCCGAGCUGCAGCGACUCAGGGGCAGCGAGGAGGCGCUCAGGCAGACCCUGGAGGCCACCACGAACAACCUGCAGGAGCUGGAGAAGAAAGCCCAGCUGGACCAGCGGAGACGCUCGGAGCAGCUGAAGCAGGAGGGCGCGCGAGCACAGGGGAAGAUGAAACUGCUCAUCAAGGCGUGCAAGCAGCUGGAGGAGGAGAAGGAGGCGCUGCAGAAGGAGCUGGCACGGCUGGAAGCCGCCCAAGAGACACAGGCAGCAGGUGCUGUCACAGGGGAGAGCCUGGAGGCCCUGCAGGCGGAGGUGCAGGAGCUCCGGGAGGCCCUGGAGGAGAAGGGCCGGGAGGCAGAUGAGUACCUGGACAAGUACUGCGCCCUGCUCAUCGGCCACGAGAAGCUGGAGAAGGCCAAGGAGAUGCUGGAGACGCAGGUGGCCCGCCUGAGAGCCCAGCCCGCCCGGCAGCCCCCCAGCCCGGCCCCCAGCCCGUCGGGGCUGGGGCAGCCUGACAAGGGCCCUGGCAAACGGCCGCGGGGCAGUGGGACAGCCUCCCCCGCCAGCCCUGCCGUCUUUCCCAAGAAGAGGCGCAGGACGCCCCCAAGUGCUCUUGGCCCCUGCGGGGAGCCAGAGGACCCCGAGUACGAGCCUGAGGGCCUGCCGGAGGUCGUGAGGAAAGGGUUCGCUGAUAUCCCCUCGGGGAAGACCAGCCCCUACGUGCUGCGCAGGACCACCAUGGCCACCAGGACCAGCCCCCGUCUGGCCGCCCAGAGGGCAGCGCUGUCCCUGCCCAGCCUGGGCAAAGAAAACGUGGCGGGGACCCCCAAGGCCUCCACCGGGGGUAGCAGACCCCACAAGGCCAAGGUUGCCCAGCCCAGCCCAGCGGAACCCAGCAUGGACACUCUCACCACCCUGGCCUGCAGGAGUCCCCUGGAGCGGACUUCGGCUGGCAGCCCCCAGGAGGGCCUUCGGGCCAGGCGCAGCCGGCUUGCUCCCAGCCCUGGAGCCCCCGUGGAGCCCCCGCGUGGCGAGAACUGCCGGGUCCAGUAGGAUCACCUCAUGGGACCCCUGGAUGGUGGCCCCUGUGGGGGGGAACGCAGGGGACCUGCCACCUCCCCGCCCCCCUCGACGGAAAGAACUUCUUUAGUGACCCCUGGACAGGGCGAGUAGGAAACCUCUCCUCAUCCUGUUUUCUCAGCGUGCAGAUGGACGUGACUGUGACUUGUGCCUGUCCAUCACUGUGCCAGCUUUGUCUCCCUGUGGGCUGGAUGCUCCAGCGCAGCUCUCGGGGGGCUGCAUAUGGCUCCCGGGAACUAGGCCCAGGGCAUGCUUAGAUGGGGACUGAGAAUUUCAGGAAAGCGCAAGUGUGUACGCGCAUGCAUGACGUGUGUGUGUGUGUGUGUGUGCGUGUGCGCACAUGAGUGACACGUGUGUGUUGUGUGUAUGUGUGUGCAUGUAUGACUAUGCAUGACUAUGCCUGACUGGGAGAGUGUGCGUGCAGAUCCUUGAUCCACAUGUGUGCGUGCAUGUGUGAUCUGUGAUUGUGUGUGUGCACAUGUGCACAUGCCUGGCGCAUCUAUUUGUGUCUGUGCCACCCUUGUCUGCGUGUGUUUUCUUCGUCAGUUUAGCCUGUACAUAUGUGCGUGUGACUGCGGGCUCCUGCCCCGCACUGGUUGGCCUCGGCCCCUCUGAGGCAUGUGGCUCUCUCGAGUCUGGACGCUGCUGCUUCCUCAGGAAG